AUGGCCACGAGUUCCUGUCGUAACUGUAUCAGUUGGAAGCGGUUCACUUUGAUCUCUUUGUCGAGCUCUCGAUUUUCGUUGCCACAGCUGGUGCCGUGGCAGAUGGAGAGCCAGAGGACGAGGGCCAGUAUGAGCAGGAGCAUGAAGAGCUUGACCAUGUUCUGCCACCAGACCUUGUUCCUGAGCUUGUUGUCGCAGCUGUCUCACGUUCUGGAAGUCGAUAACAUCGAUAGGAAGCUGGACUCUGAAGCCGGCCAAUUCUCCUGCACGCAGGUGAUAACGAUGAAUACUCUUGGUCCAUGGUGGCUUCAACGGAUUUUGGGAGAAAGCGUGUGCCAUUGCCUGGAAAAUUUAUAUGGACAUAUUUCUAUAAAUUUAACCGUCGACGGGAACAAUCCGAUCAUGGAGAUGGUGGGGAGAAAUGUGACCAUGAAGAAUUUUGUGGAAGAGAUCAACAUCCGUUGCGUCACGCUGUCCGUGUUAGCAACAAUGGCGAAACACAUCGAACAUAGGUGCGUGAAAAUCUUUCAGAAAAACAGCUUCCGAGGCAGAGAGGUGAUGAAACGAGUAUGUUUUUUCAUGAAGAAGGAGUCCGCAAGCAUGUAA